AUAAUCGUCAACCACAUCGCAAUUAAUAAUCACUGUACGACACUAUUGUCGCAUUAAGUAUUUCGAAAGUGACUUUCUCCGUUAUCAGCGAUCAGCGAUUUGAUCCCGGAAAGAAAUAGUUUUACUCGUGGUCACAAUUCUAAAAGCUCUCGUUUUCCUUUAUCGUUAAAAAUGAGAGUCACUCGGAUUACAUGAAUAUCGUCACUCCACGGCUUUCGUCCGUCAUAUUUUGGGGAAACUAUUACGCGUCGUCCAAUUGCGAUUCACGGAUUGUUCGACAUUUUAUAUCCCGGAGAAAGUGUCUUGCUGAAACAAUUCCGAUCGGAUGCGACUCACGUUUCGCGCCAACUGUUUCCGUAGUAUAUAGCUCCCCACGGGGUUUUAUCGCGCUGUAAUACCGUCGUGAUUUUCGCCAGCGAUAAACCGUACUUUUUUUAUUGUACGUUACAAGAUAGACCGCACGAUUUUUUUCAUCAUGUUGAAGCACGCAAUUAUCUUAGGUGCGAUGUGUUGCCUCGUCACAGCUGAGGCACCGAUUCAAACCGGUGUGAAGCCGACCAACGUGAUAGGUAGUUCGGAACAGCACACCUCCUUCAGCUUUAUCCGACCAGGACUAACGCAAACAUCGUUCGCAUUCGCCGGACCGAGCUCCCAUCAAUCAUUCGCCGCCAGCAUUGGCAAUCCUCAGCUAGUACAAAAGGUCCAGCCGAGUAUCGCGCAAGCCCUCGCUCAGAGAAACCCUGGCCUAGGAUAUUAUACGUUCAGUCCUGCUGCGAAUGGAGUCUUUCCAAAUUAUGCGACCGGACCAUUGGCGUAUCAGACUCAGACCGUGGAUCCCGCAGUUGCGCUAACGUAUGCGCAGCAACUGCAGCAGCCGCAGCAAGCAUACCUGCAGCCGUACGCGUAUCAGCCGGGCGCUGAAGCUUAUCAAUCGCAAUUGGCGCAAUUGCUCGCCCUUCGGCAGGCACAGUUGGCGCAACAAGGACAGGUGCACACGUUUCCAUCAGAACAGGUGUCUGAGGCUCAGGCUCAGUUGCAGCAUGGACAGCAAGCUGCACAACAAUCGCAGAACUUGCUGGGUGUCGCUUAUUCGUCCGCCCCGACGGUCGCACGCGUAAAGGUCUCUGGAAAUGGAUACAAGUUCAACUUCUGAAUAUUAUGGCACUUACUAUAACGAAAAUAAUGCCUUGUUCGUAAUUACGAAGAUAUAUUUUAUGUAAAACACGUGCACACUCAUAUUUAUUUAUUACAAAAAGAUAUCGUAGAUAAGUUGGCUUCUACAUCUAAUCAAAUGUUGUAUAUUAAUCAAACAUAUUAU